AUGUCCUCAUGCCCGCAGCCUGCCCUGGCAAGGCCGGCGUGGGGGGAUAUAAUUCACGUCCUGGGUCCGCGAGGCGGACCUUUUGCCGUUGUGGAGAAGCAAGAUGUCGCAGCUCGAUCGCCAGCUGUUCAACGAGGUGAUGGUUCCCAACUACGCCCCGCGGAGAUCAUCCCCGUGCGCGGCGAAGGCUCGCGCAUCUGGGAUCAGCAGGGCCGCGACUACCUGGACCUGGCCUGCGGCAUUGCCGUGACCGGCCUGGGCCACUGCCAUCCGCUGCUGGUCAAGGCCAUUGCCGAGCAGUCGCAGAAGCUCUGGCACAUCUCCAACGUCAUGACCAACGAGCCGGCGCUGAAGUUGGCGAAGCGGCUCACCGAGCUGACCUUCGCCGAGCGCGUGUUUCUCUGCAACAGCGGUUCCGAGGCCAACGAGCGCUCAAACUGGCGCGGGCGCUGGCAACAACCACGAGCCCCGGGAAGAAGACGAGAUCAUCUCGUUUCUACAACGGCUAUUUGCCAUGCCCCAAACGCGCACGGACACUGCGACUCAAAGUGCAUUCGUCACUGA